AUGGAUCACACAAUUUCCCUUCGCGUCAAAGUUAGAAAGGUGCAAAUAGCUCUCAGUCUGCUCUUCAACUGCCCUAAGCAAUUGACUUUACUACUCUUUCUCUAACGUCUGGUCUUAAUUUAUUAUCGUCCUUCUCUGUCUUUCACAUUAUAUUUUCCCCCUUGUAAUUCAAUAUUUGUUUCAUCGGUGGAAAAUAUGGCGACAGAUCCUGAGCAGCCCUCUGUCUCUUCUAUCGAAAAGGUAGGAAAGUCUUCAGGUGAAAUUGGUGGUGCAGAGGAGCCUCUUCUUAAUGGGGGCACUAGCUCAGAGAACUACUCAGUUCUUGCUGCAAUUCUCCCAUUUCUAUUUCCGGCUUUUGGAGGACUAUUAUAUGGUUAUGAUAUUGGUGCCACAUCUUGUGCUACAAUAUCUAUAGAGUCAGCCACAACAAGUGGAAUUUCAUGGUACAACUUGAAUUCUGUGGAAAUUGGGCUCAUUACCAGUGGCUCAUUAUAUGGGGCAUUGAUUGGCUCUGUCUUGGCCUUUAAUAUUGCAGAUUUUCUAGGAAGAAGAAGGGAGUUGAUUCUGGCUGCUUUGAUAUAUCUUGUUGGAGCACUUGUGACAGCAUUAGCACCUGAUUUUGUUAUCAUGGUGAUUGGACGUUUUAUAUUUGGUAUUGGAAUAGGAUUGGCAAUGCAUGCUGCGCCAAUGUACAUUGCUGAGACAGCUCCAAGUAAGAUACGUGGUCGACUAAUCUCUCUCAAAGAGUUCUUUAUAGUCCUUGGGAUGGUUGCAGGUUAUGGAAUUGGAAGCCUUUUGGUUGAUACUGUAGCUGGUUGGAGAUACAUGUAUGGAGCUAGUACUCCUUUGGCAGUGAUCAUGGGAAUUGGGAUGUGGUGGUUACCACCAUCACCUAGAUGGAUACUAUUAUCCGCCAUACAGGGCAAAGGCAAUUUGCAGGAAUUAAAAGAAACUGCAGUAUGUUGCUUAUGCCGACUCAGGGGUGAGGCUAUUGGUGACAGUGCACCUGCCCAAGUAGAAGAAAUUCUUAGCGAGUUGACUUUUGUUGGUGAAGAAAAAGAAGCUUCACUGGGGGAAAUGUUCCGAGGAAAAUGCUUGAAAGCCCUCACCAUUGGUGCAGGAUUAGUUCUUUUCCAACAGAUCACAGGGCAACCAAGUGUACUAUAUUACGCAGCCUCAAUCUUUCAAAGUGCAGGAUUUUCUGCAGCAUCUGAUGCAACACGUGUUUCAAUUCUACUUGGUUUGUUGAAGUUGAUCAUGACAGGAACAGCUGUUCUUGUUGUUGAUAGACUUGGACGGAGACCUUUACUGCUUGGUGGUGUCUCUGGGAUGGUCAUCUCUUUAUUCCUUCUGGGGUCAUAUUAUCUUUUCCUGGAUGAUGUACCGUUUGUGGCUGUAGUUGCACUGCUGUUGUAUGUUGGAUGUUAUCAGUUAUCCUUUGGUCCUAUUGGUUGGCUGAUGAUUUCAGAGGUUUUCCCCUUACGCCUAAGAGGGAGAGGACUUAGUAUAGCAGUGCUUGUGAAUUUUGGUGCAAAUGCAAUCGUCACAUUUGCAUUUUCCCCUUUGAAGGCAUGGUUGGGAGCUGGAAUAUUAUUCUAUGCAUUCGGAGUAAUAGCCGUGUUGUCGCUCGUUUUCAUAUUCUUCAUUGUACCAGAGACCAAGGGGCUUACUCUCGAGGAAAUCGAGGCCAAAUGCUUGUAGACAAGCUUUGUACACUUAACAAGAGUUCACUUCUAUGGAUUUUGAAUCAAAACAAGUAGGUUCUGUUGUGAGAAUUUCACUAAUAUAUGCAGAAGCAGGCAUGCUUUUUUUAGUCUAUGCAGUGUCACAGUAAAUAUUUGAUGUUUCUUUAUUGUCAACAAGAUUAGCAACAUCAUAUAUGCUCUUCUUUAUUAAUGUAGAUAACCCUACUUUUAUAUUUA